CUUUGUAGUCUUAUUCAGACCUAUGGAAACAGACUGCAGUUUAUGUGAAGGAUUACAAAGUCUUUGUUUCAUUUUAUAAACUCAGGAAAACUUGUAGUGUAUCACUUUCACAUCCAAAUGCGUCUCUCUAUUCCAGAUCAGAGCUGCAGGGAACCUGUGGAGGACACUGACACAAGUUACCCGUCUACAGAUAUGCUGUCAAAAAAGUGUCCUGUUCAAGACUCAGCAUCACAGAAAGAUAAUGAUAGACAUCACGCAAGUACUAUUACAAUGGGAUUUUCUGAUGAUAACAUCAAUAGUCUAGUCUCAGAUUCAGAGAGAAUACGUCAGCCUGAGGAUGAUGACUGUACCAAAAAUAUAACUUCACUGAUGCCAUCAGAUGAACUGAAGACCACACCUUGCCCAGUAUCUUCAACAGAUAAUUGUACUUGUAAGCUGUCAUCUGAUACGGUUACAGAUCCUCUCAUCAGUGAUUUGCUGAAUGAUGAAGACUUGCUUUAUGAACUAAAACUCAAGCUAGACACCUCCUAUUCAACUGUUAAAAACUGGAGAAACUUUGCUAGCAAGUGGGGCAUGACCUAUGAUGAACUAUGCUAUGUACAACAGAAGCAGCAGAGUCCCACUGAGGUGUUUUUGACUCGUAACAGUGAAAAGACUGUUGAACAGCUGAUUGAACUAUGCAUCUACUACAAAAGAGUCGACGUGCAAAAGGUGCUACUGAAGUGGGUAGCAGAAGCCUGGCCCAUGAGGCAGAAGGAUGCAUUAUAAACCAAUGAACAACAUGACUCUCAUAGUUUGCCUUCUCAAACUGUAAUAUUUGUAAAUUAAGGAAAUCCAUGUUUAUAUCUGACAAAUAAGCAUUAUGUUUAAGGACGUUGUCAGUUAUGCAUUUUCCAAUGCAAGCAUGCACACGUGUUCUCUUAUAUAUUUUCAUUGUCAGUGAUGAAUAAGAUACUUUUUAAGAUAUAUAUUUUAAGUACUAUAAAUUAUUUCCUAAAAUAAGUACUAUGAUCUUUGCAGGUAUAUUUAAAUGAGUUAAUGGGAAGCAUGCACUAAAGCAGCAGUUAGGACUAUGCAGACUGCCAAAUAAGAUUACUCUAGGGACAAAGAGAUGCAUUAUUUUCUGUUCCAUUGCAUUUUAAAAACAUUUGGCUUUGAAUUUUUUCUAAAUCGUCAUGUCUAAGCCAGUCUCAAGACACAUAUAUCAUUAAAGACUGAACUAUCUUGGUCUUAUUUAAGCUAAUUACAAUUGAGAGUAUGGAAAAUAAUAACUGUGACAUGGGUAGAGACUAAGUGACAUAAACCAUAAAAGUAACACUAGGAAAAUGCUUUAUUAAGCCUAGUGAAUGAUGUUCAUUGAUAAUGAUGCAUUUCAUUGCAAAAGUCCUCUCAUAUUAGUAGACUUCCCAAUGUUUCAGCUAACUCAGCAUUUCAUUUGACAAAGUGUAGGUUUAACUGUCAUAUGACUUUAUUCAAUUAGACUGACUUAAAAAGGGCUUUUUGACAAUGCAGUGUCAAUGGUGCAACAGGUAGCACACUCCCAUUUGGUGUAGCAGGUUCAGGUUCUAUUGCUGCAACAGGUAAAUGGCUUGUUGACAAUGCAGUAUACUAUAUAGGGGGAGGGGUCUUACACUCCUGAGUUUGCCAUACUUCAGGUAAGAAAUUAAACUGAGGCCCCAUCUCCAUAAGUUGGUGGUUACUCAGGUGGAUAUGAAAGAUCCUAGUGCACCUGUCAAAAAGAAUAGGGGAAAUUCCUCAAUGCCCUGGCCAAAUUUCCCCCUUUAGUACAAACAAACAAUAAAUGUUGAUCAAACCAUUUGUAUGUAGUUACAAUAACUAAAUAGUUAGCAAAAUACAAACAUUUAAUUUUCUCAGGAAUCAAGUUCUCUUGCGAGUGGAACAAUAGUGCAGUAGUUAGCAAACCUGUCUCAAAAUACUUGCUUGAUUUCAAACUGGGGUACCUUAUUUAUAGAUUCUUGAUGCCUUUCCACCACCUGUAUGGGAUUUCAGCAGGAGAUCUAGUUUAGAUUCAUAGGUAAUUACUUGGCACACAGCCCUGGAGAAAAUUAAUGAAUCUGGCUCAAAAUCCCAGUUGCCACAGUGCACUGUUGGGUUAAGUGACUUACUGCAGGUUACACAGUAGGUAACUGAUUAGUGAGAAAAUCAAUGCCCAUGUCACAGGAAAUGGCUUAUUAACACCUCAUGGCCUUAAUUCUCUGAGCUAACUGCCAGACGUCUUACACAUGUCAAAGACAUGGUGACUGAAUUGGUAAUCUUCAACAUUACCUGCAAGUAUAUUUGCAAGUGGCAUUGUGCACUGUGUGUUCUGUGAUAGACUGUUUUCAUGCCAUAUGGCCAAGGCUUGCCAGGAUAUACUCCAGCCACCCUAUCCCCAUGAAUAAACUGAAACAGGUAUCAAAAAAUGAAAGAAUGAAAAUUGUUUUAUUAUGAGAUUUAAGAAUUUACCAAGAUGUUGUGAUGACUUAUUGUUGGCUUUGUACUUUGUACGAUUCCUGUAUCCAUACACUUUGUACAGGCUCUUUUCCAUCCUGUACAAAGCCUUGGUGGAUCAAGAUUUAUGAUUCUGUACCCCUUUCCUCUGCCACUUUUCAUGGGUUAAAUAAAUACCCAAGCACAUGUGGAAGUUGAUUCUAUGGGAUUCUUACUGCAGAAAAUCUGGGAAUGUUUUCCUUCUAUUACUCCUAUGUCACAGGCAGACAAUCCUCUUCCAAUCUCCAGAGCACAAAGUCCUCUUCUGCAUCACACCUAUAACGGAGGGAUGCAGCAGCCAUUCUAAACCCUACCAUGAUGAGAUGGUGAUUAGCAUAGCUACCUUAUAUGUAAAUGAUAACAGAUCCACAUCUGCAGCUAUACCCACCUGGCAAUGAGUUGAGACCCUGGCCUCUCACUGAAGUUUGGUGUUAGUUCUCAGCCACAACUGUUCUCCCCACAUACUCGGCUAGCAGUUUUACAAGCCUUUUGUACUGUAUGUGCAGUGUCGCCAGCCUCUCAUUGUCUGGUAUUGAUGGUUGUACUGUCAUUACCUCCUUCUCCCAGAUGUCAGUGGUCAGAGCCGGCUAUCUCUUCUCAAAUGUCAGUGUUUGGAGUCCAUGGCCCCAUCCCAGUGCUUAAUUGGCAACUGAAGCAGUCCCCUGCACAGAUAAUAUCUGAUAUUAAUUGGUGAAAACUUCUAGUGCUACAGUCUAUCAAAAUGCAGAUGGACUAGUCUUCUUAUUUUUGACUAGCUCGAGUCAUGCUGAUUUAACACCAUGUUGCCACCACUGGUAUUUCAUAUUAGAUACACAGUUUUCUUCCAAUGCCAAACUAAUGAGAUGCAAACUGAUUCUGUUUAAGAAGCCCAUCUCACUGGCAUAGUGUAGGUGAAUGACUUGUACUGUACCUGGAAACUUCCAUUACACUACCCCUUCAGUGAUUUCGUCCCACCUAUCUUGGAGAUCCCACCUUGCCAUUUCCUUCUACUGAGUGGCACAAUAUGGUUCGACCACUUUUCAAAAUAAUCUUCACAAAUCUCAACCAUUGCUGUUUAGCUUUUCCAGACAUAGACUGUCAAAUGAUUCCUAUGCGAUACAGUUGAAAGAGUGUCAGAAAGUACGGUAAUACCAGUUCUUCCUUGGCUGCAUGCUAACUACUGUGCAUGUUUCACUAAAAAGCAUUCAACAAUUACAUGAGUAAUUUAACUGUGGAUACUGUUUUGAUAUUCUACUUUAACCAUUUAGGCUUAUACAGUUUAAUGUGGUUUCCUAUUACUUGUAACAUUUGAGAAUAUCUUCUCAUAAAUUACAACAAAACUAUA